AUGGCAAAAAAACCAGAAGAAGAUGAAUUUGAAAUGCAGCUGCGCCAAGAAGAGCUGGCCAGACUUGCUCAGGAAGAUGGCGAGGCACUUUCUCGUGGGAUAUCAUACACUGAUGAAGAUGGAACAGUAAUGGAGUGGGAUCACGAAAGAAAGGCAUAUUUUCCCAAGAUUGAUGCAGAUUUCAUAGCUCAGUAUCAGAUCAACUAUGGUACAACAGUUACAAGCACAGCAGGACAAGAACUCAGUGAAGAAGACAAAAAAGCACAGUACGAAGAAUACUGGAAGAACUACUACAAUGUGUACCAUCAGGAGCAACCAGCUCUACCAACACUUGACGAAGAAGGUAACCCAGUAGAAGCUGAAGAUCAACCGAAACAAGAAAAUAAGGACACAGAGAGUAAAUCUGUAGCUUCUGACAACCUUGUUGCUCCUGAUCCCACCUCAGAUGAACAUUAUGAAUACAACCUUUAUUAUUAUGGCAAGGAGUAUGCAGAUGCUUACAGAGAUUAUUAUAAGGAGCAUCCUGAUGCUGAGGCCAUGCCAGACUUUAUAGCUCAGAAUGCACAAGGGGGAGGUGUCAAGGAAACUCAAGAAGACACAAAGAAGAACAAGAAGAAGAAAGAAAAAGGGAAAGAAAAAGGGGAGAAAAGGAAAGAGCCUCCUAAAGAAGAAGGUUGGUUUGACAUUAAUCCAGAUACCUCCACACAACUGUAUAUUACUGGUUUACCAGCCGAUAUAACUGAAGAUGAGUUCAAAGACAUCAUGGGUAAAUGUGGUUUAAUCAUGUUUGAUCCAGCCACACGUAAACCAAAAAUUAAACUGUACAAAGAUGAGGAAGGAAAUUAUAAAGGGGAUGGUCUCUGCACAUACAUCAAGCCCGAAUCGGUCCAGCUGGCCUUCCAGAUCAUUGAUGGCAUGGAGUUACGAGACCACAAGGUAACUGUGGAGAGGGCAAAGUUUCAAAUGAAAGGAAGCUUUGACCCCAAGAAAAAGAAGAAGAAGCUCAGCAAUAAGGCCAAACAGAAGCUUAAAGAAAGACAGCAAAAAUUAUUUGACUGGAGGCCAGAGAAGAAUCCAUUUGAGAGGGCAAAACAUGAACGCAUUGUCAUUCUAAAGAAUAUGUUUGAGCUACGGGAGUUUGAGGAAAACCCUGCUCUGAUAAACGAGCUGAGAGCUGACGUGAGAGAGGAGUGCGCCAAGUUUGGCGAGGUCAAGAAAGUCAACUUAUACGAC